UCCCCUCGCGCGUGGCCUCGCUCCUCGCCGGGAGGGCCGCGAUGGAGGUCCCGCCCCGGCUUUCCCAUGUGCCGCCGCCAUUGUUCCCCUCUGCUCCCGCUACUUUAGCCUCCCGCAACCUCUCCCAUUGGCGGCCGCGGGCGCCGCGGCAGCUCGCCCCGCUCCUCCCUUCACUCGCUGCCAGCUCCGCCCGGCAGGGGGCGCGCCGGGCCCAGCGCCACGUCACCGCCCAGCAGCCCUCCCGAUUGGCGGGCGGGGCGGCUAUAAAGGGAGGGCGCAGGCGGCGCCCGGAUCUCUUCCGCCGCCAUUUUAAAUCCAGCUCCAUACAACGCUCCGCCGCCGCUGCUGCCGCGACCCGGUCUGCGCGCCAGCACCCCCCUGCCGACAGCUCCGCCACUAUGGAGGACAUGAACGAGUACAGCAACAUAGAGGAAUUCGCAGAGGGAUCCAAGAUAAAUGCGAGCAAGAAUCAGCAGGAUGACGGUAAAAUGUUUAUUGGAGGCUUGAGCUGGGAUACAAGCAAAAAAGAUCUGACUGAAUAUUUGUCUCGAUUUGGGGAAGUUGUAGACUGCACAAUUAAAACAGAUCCAGUCACUGGGAGAUCAAGAGGAUUUGGAUUUGUGCUUUUCAAAGAUGCUGCUAGUGUUGAUAAGGUUUUGGAGCUGAAAGAACACAAACUGGAUGGCAAAUUGAUAGAUCCCAAAAGGGCCAAAGCUUUAAAAGGGAAAGAACCUCCCAAAAAGGUCUUUGUGGGUGGAUUGAGCCCGGAUACUUCUGAAGAACAAAUUAAAGAAUAUUUUGGAGCCUUUGGAGAGAUUGAAAACAUUGAACUUCCCAUGGAUACAAAAACAAAUGAAAGAAGAGGAUUUUGUUUUAUCACAUACACUGAUGAAGAGCCAGUAAAAAAAUUGUUAGAAAGCAGAUAUCAUCAAAUUGGUUCUGGGAAGUGUGAAAUCAAAGUUGCACAACCCAAAGAGGUAUAUAGGCAGCAACAGCAACAACAAAAAGGUGGAAGAGGUGCUGCAGCUGGUGGACGAGGUGGUACGAGGGGUCGUGGCCGAGGUCAGGGCCAAAACUGGAACCAAGGAUUUAAUAACUAUUAUGAUCAAGGAUAUGGAAAUUACAAUAGUGCCUAUGGUGGUGAUCAAAACUAUAGUGGCUAUGGCGGAUAUGAUUAUACUGGGUAUAACUAUGGGAACUAUGGAUAUGGACAGGGAUAUGCAGACUACAGUGGCCAACAGAGCACUUAUGGCAAGGCAUCUCGAGGAGGUGGCAAUCACCAAAACAAUUACCAGCCAUACUAAAGGAGAAUAUUGGAGAAAACAGGUGUGUGUAAGAGUACGGGAAAACAGUAGAAAUGUCUAAUUUAAUUUAAAGAUCAAUAGACAAAUGAAACGUAAAAACAAAAUAUAACGUAGCCUGUUUUUACUAAAUUGUUGAUUUUUUUAAUUGCUUUAUGAGCCUGUUUUGCCUAAAGUGUCUAUAGAUCUUUAACUUUAAAGUCUUAUCUCACUUUCUUUAGUAUUGCAGAAAAACUUAAGAGUUUUUCUGUUUGCUUUUGUGUACCAGGUGGUCUAGAGGAAUAAUUAAACAUUUUAGAACUAUUAACAGGUAAAGUACUGAAAUGGGUACAACUUAAGGAAAACAAGAAUGUUGUCUUCUAACUCUGACAUUAUACCUUGUUUGUACCCGCCAGCGGGAACUUCAUUGCAGGCCGUGUGUCACCCUGACCACGUCUAUCUCUGGGGGUCGCACGUUGCGGGCAGAGCGCAAGGCAUACACCAGAAAACGCUGUCCUGUGGUAUGGUCUCUUCCAACUUCAUGUACCAGCGUAAAGAUUAAAGUGGAAAACUUCAGACUUUGGCUUCUUUUUUAAUCUUUUUGGAGAUUAAGUGUCUAAACUUAACUUAAAUGGUUUUUUACAGGAGUUAAAGUACAUAAAUGCCUUUUUACAGCUUAAUCAUUUUGGUCUUCUGUUUAGUGUUGUAUUUCAAUUGUGGAGCCUCAUUUUAAGUGUUCAUUCUUUUAAGAUUUAAUGCUUGCUUUUUCUUUUUAUAGCUAAUAGUGAAAUCUACAAACCAAAACAAGAACUUUUAAAUCUGGGAUGUAAAUUAAAGAUCAUAUGCACAGAUCAAUUUAUGUUCUUGUAAUAAACUUAUUAGAAAUUGGUGUUUAUAAUAGCAUUUUGCUUGGGUUACUAGAGAUGCUUCUAGUAGACCUUAAUCUAGCAUAGUUGAACUUUUGAAUAUGGGAAGAUUGUAUUCCCAGAUUCUUUCUUGAAUAGAUUUGAAUUUAAUAUCAUUUGGGAACUCUAGGGUGAGUUUAAAACUACCCAGACUGUAUUUUGCUAAUAAAUAUGCAUAUGAUCUUUAAUUAUUGAAGAAAAGAAUAAAGUGAGGACUUAAAACAAUUCAUGAAAAUGGACCUUUAAAAGCUUGUCAGAGUUGCACAAAUCUAAUUGUUAUUUUGUUUUUGUUUUUAGGAGGAGUUGUUAAAGUAACCCAUCUUGCAGGACGACAUUGAAGAUUGGUCUUCUGUUGAUCUAAGAUGAUUAUUUUGUAAAAGACUUUCUAGUGUACAAGACACAAUUGUGUCCAACUGUAUAUAGCUGCCAAUUAGUUUUCUUUGUUUUUACUUUGUCCUUUGCUAUUUGUGUUAUGACUCAAUGUGGGUUUGUUUAUACACAUUUUAUUUGUAUGAUUUCAUGUUAAACUUCAAAUAAAUGCUUCCUUAUGUGAUUGCUUUUCUGUGUCAGGUACUACAUAGCUCUGUAAAAAUUAAUUUAAAAUAAGCAAUAAUUAAGGUACAGUUGAUUUUGUAGGGAGUAUUGGUCCAUAGGGAGAAACUGUGGUCCUUUAUAAAUAGCCAACAUCAUUCUCUUCCCCAAUUUGUAGAUAUAUUCUAUGAUCUUAAGCCUUCAUCUUCUCCCUUGUGAAUGAGGUUUUUACCACACCUUUGAAUAAUGUUCUUUCCCCUCUGGUUAUCUGAAGACUGUCCUGAGAGGAAGACAUAGUGUUGUGAUUAGGAGAAGCUUUCUAGUAGACCAUGUUUCUUCUGGAUUGUAAUAAAACUGUUAGUGGCUCCUUUUGCUUUGUUCUGGAAAGCCAUUUUUGAGUUGCUAAUUACUUUGGAUUUAAUCAGUGGUCACCUAGAAAAAGCUUUGUAAUCGUAACACCAUGACUUUUUUUCUUGAUAAAAAUUCACAUGCACACAGGAAGGAGCACUGUAAAACUAGUAGGAGCUAUGAUUUAAGACCAUCGAAAGUAGUGAGUAGUUACAACUCAAGGAUUUUGGCAGAAAGAUGUGACUGGGCAAAAGUUAGAUUCAGAUUUGAAAUAGUGGCAAAAUAAGAUUUAAUUAUAUUCUGUUUUCUCACAGCUACCACAAGACAACAAAACAUUUUCUGUUUGGGCAUUCUGAGGAAGUUGUAUUAUAGUUAACUGUUAAUGUUUUGUGAGUAUAGAAGUCAUGGUAGUAAGUCUAAUUUUUAACCGUGCAUGAGUACAUUUCCAUAUUCAGAAAUGGAAAUAGUGGAAAAAGUAUCUUAGGUGUGUCAGUCCAAAUGUCACCGAGUCUACAGUGGACCUUCCUGGUGCAUUGAGAAGAAACUCAUAUCCAGGUUUCAGAGGACCUGGAUAAAUGCUUUGAAUUUUGCAUUCAGUGUAGUUUUAGAUUUGGGGAAUUUUGCCUCAAAGUUAGCUACUGGGAUUGGCAUACAUGUUCACAGGCAGAGUAGCUGAUCUCACACAAUGGGUGAUCUCAACUGGCUUAAGUUUCUUAUGCUGGUGAGCCCCCCCCCCUUUUUAAUUUGGUGCCUACAACCUUGAUACAAUGAUUGUAAUUGUUGGCCUAUCAAGUUACAACGUUCUUGGCCUUUUUAUUGCUGCUGUUUUGCUGUUUGUCUUGACACCUAGGCCAAGUACCAGUGUUAGCUGUUGGAAGGGAUUCUGUUCUUCAACAUGCAACUUUAGGGAAUGGAAGGAAGUUCAUUUUUAAGUUGUGGUGUUAGUAGGUGCAGUGUCUACAGGUAGUGAAUCCUGUAAGUUCAAAUUUAUGGUUAGGUGACAGGUUGACAUUGAGAUUGUCCUUUUCCCUAAUAAAAAAAUAAAGACUUUUUAAACAAAA